AUGGGAUCUGUUUUAAGUAUAUCUGUUGGAGCUGUCUCAAAGUACUGCCCUCCAGGUUCUCAUGAAAGUUCAUUGCUGAUGUCAGAUAUUCGGUGCCUCCCUAUGAAUGCCACAUUGCUCUUCACUUGUUUCAUCAUCAUCCUGAAUUCAGACCAUAGUGCUGGUUUCUCAUUUCUUGUGGUCACAUGGAAUGCCAUAUCAACUGCUUGGAGGAAUGAGCAGCAGAAAGUACAAAGAAGGACCAGAAGAAAUCAGGAUGGCUAUGAUAUAAAGAAGGCAGGGUCAUACAACAAUACCGACUUCCAUAGAUUCCUCAAUUACUACACACAGGAACUUCCAAAGACACAUUGCUCCCCACCCUUUCCAUUUGAGAAGGCUAUGCCUUUCUAUUGUUCUUGUCGUGUACUCAACAAUCAGGGCCUAAUACCCACAAGUGCUCACACUCUACAGCAGUUGAGAUUUCCAACCAAGCGUCCACUCAGUGGAAUGGAUGUAACCACAUUCCCGACCAUCUCCAUAUGUGAGCUAGAAAGAAGUGAUGACAAAAACCGAAGGCAGUGGUCUUCUCCAUCUUUGGUGGAGACUAUGAAUGGUUGUGUGGGGGAUGUUAUCGAGAAACGCUAUGAACGAUUGUAUGUUCGUCUAGAUCAUACAGAGCCCCCUCUUUGGUGUUAUGCUACAGCUGUGUAUGUUUCUAAGGGACCCUUGGACGUUGCAUUGCUGCAACUGGAGUCUUUUCCAAAUCAACUCCGCCCAAUCACUCCACACUUUGGAUGUCCAUCUCCAGGAUCGAAGACAUUUGUCACUGGACAUUGUCUCUUUGGACCAACGUCAGGUCUCUAUCCAUUUGUUUACUCUGGAGUAGUAGCAAGGGUGGUUGAAGAGGCCUACAGUUCAGGUGUACCAGUAAUGCUUGAAACGACAGUUGCAUCGCAUCCAGGCAGUAGUGGCGGUGCAGUGGUAAAUUCAGAUGGUCAUAUGAUAGGACUAGCCACCGGGCGUUUAGGGACCAUACCAUUUCUCGACUUCAGCAUACCCUCUGAAGCUCUAAGGCUAAUCUUCGAUUUCUCAAGAGGUAUAGGGGAUCUGUCGAUCUUACAGCAAGCUAUGGACAAGCCCAAUGAAUUCCUUUCUUCUGUGUGGGGGUUGAAGCAACAACCAUCGUCUCAGAGGCUAGGGCCCUUCCCUUACCUGCCAAAAUCUCUCGUGGAGAAGAUUAACGAAGGAAAAGGAUCUCGUUUUGUUAAUUUCCUUGCCAAAAAACGUGCUGAGACAUUCCCUGGGGAGCCACCUCCAAGCAUGGAUAAGCCUAUCAAAGAAGAGUUCCUUACUAAGAUUCUUCCAAGCAACCUCUAA